UGCCCACUAUGACUUCACACAGUUGGCCUGUGACAGGCAAUCAGGUUGUCGUCCACAGCUACCAGAUCUUUCAUGUCCACUGUGACUUCCAGGACCACAAGCUCUUUCGCUCCCACCAUGUCCUCUCCACCUAAAAGAACCUCCAAGCCCAGCAUGCCUCUGGCAUCCACUGGCCCCUCCACGCCCACUGUGGCUCCCACACCUCCUGCCUCCUUGAAGACCACCAAACCAGCAACGCCCAAAAGGUCCUCGGUGCCCACCAAGCCAUCGACAUCCCCCAACUCAGUCAUGAGCCCAAGCAGUUCCAAGUCCUCCAAAUCAACAAGUUCAAAGACAGCCGCUUCUAACCGGCCCAGCAGUAGGUCCCGAGUCCACAGCAAGGCGAGAACACCCAGUAGGGUGAGCACUGACACGAGGGCCAGUACCGACACCAGGGCCAGCAAAGCCAGCAAGGCCAGCGGCGUGAGACACCACCGACGGAGAGGCACGCGAAGCCGGGGCAGAACGCCUGGCAGAAGGGGAAGCCACGGUUCCAAGAGGUCACCCAGCAGGGCCAGCACUCCCAGCAGGAUAGGAACUCAUGGUGCCAGAUCAGGCAUGGGUAGCAGGGUGAGAACUCCUAUUUCCCAGGAAAAACAGAGGUGGGGGAAGAGUUAUAGCCGGCCUAGAACCACCAACAAGGAAAGGAGCGACAGCCAGCCUAGAAAUAUGAGCAGGGAGAAGAGUUACAGCCCACCAGGAGCCUCACGUAUGGAAAGGAGAUCCAGACUGGCUGUAACCCCCAAUAGGGCAAAAAGUCACAGCUCAGCUAGAGUCCCCUUUAAGGAGAAGUGUUACAGCCAGUCUCCAUCGUCAUCGAGGAGGGUGAAGAGUUACAGUCAGGUGACCAGUAGACAGCAGAGUUACAGCCCAAGUGAAGUGACCAGCAGGGUCAAGAGUAACAAUCAGUCUAGCACCCCGAGCAGGACCCAAAGUCACAGCCAGUCUAGAACUCCUAGAAGGGCAAGAAGUCACAGUCGGAAGAGGACCCACAGCAGGGUGAGAAGUUACAGUUGGAAGAGAAAUCAUGUUAGGGCAAGAAGUCACAACCAGAAGGGAACUCCUAACCUGAUGAGAAGACAUAGCCAGUCUGAAAGCUACAAGGGAAAAAGUCAAAACCAACCUAGAACCUCUAGAAGGAAAAGAAGUCACAACUGGUCUAGAACCCCCAGCGAGGAAAGAAGUCACAGCCAGUCUAGAAGCCCCAGCAAGGAGAGAGAUCACAGUCAAUUGAGAUCUAGAACCCCCAGCAAGGAGAGAGAUCACAGUCAAUUGAGAUCUAGAACCCCCAGCAAGGAGAGAGAUCACAGUCAAUCGAGAUCUAGAACCCCCAGCAAGGAGAGAGAUCACAGCCGAUCUAGAACCCCCAGCAAGGCGAGAGAUCCCAGUCAAUCUACAAUCCCCAGAAGUCCUAGCAGGACGAGGAGUCCCAGCCAGAAUAGAACCUCUAGCAAGACAAGGAGCCACUCCCCGCCAUCAGCAUUUCCCAGUGAAGGCCAAACCCCAAGCCAGGAUGAUAGUCAAGCCAACACUACAACCUCUAAGGCCAUCUCACCUGGGGAAAGGUCUUCAUCAUCUUCUUCCAAGCUGGCGUAGCCUCCAGUCUCAGCUGGCUCACGGGUCUCUGUCAUGGCCAGGGGAGGGGACAGGAGACAGGAGCAGAGCAGCAGCUGAGCAGCGUCCCUCCCUGGCCAGCUCUCCACAACCACACCUCCGGCCACAAGUUCUCUAAUACAGGAUGUUGGCAGGUAGAGGGGGAUGCUGGACAGGGGAAAGGAAAGGCCUAUGGUGACUCAAUAAAUUUUUACAUAGCACCCAUCCCCAA